CUUUCAACUGUAACAUUCCUUAAUCAAUGUCGCGCACCGUCUUGAGUGCCUUUGGGCGAUUAGUGGCAAAGCUGCCUGCCAGUGUACGUCCAUUAUCUCUUUCUGCUUCCCAGAUGAGAGCUCACCAGACCAUCACUGCACAGUUUGGAAGCAGUACUCUAUCCAACAUCUUUUCAGACUGGUCGCAGGAACCGCAUGCCCAGACAUUAGUCCCAUUUGUUGUCGAACAAUCGGCUCGUGGAGAGAGAUCGUACGACAUUUACUCCCGUUUACUCAAAGACCGGAUCAUCUGUCUCAAUGGACCUGUACAUGAUCAUUCAGCAGCCUUGAUCGUAGCACAGUUACUGUUCCUGGAAUCAGAGAACCCAGAAAAGCCUAUCAGCCUAUAUAUUAACAGUCCUGGAGGAAGUGUAACUGCAGGAAUGGCGAUUUACGACACAAUGCAGUACAUUCAAUCGCCCGUGUCAACAUUCUGUAAUGGCCAAGCUUGCUCUAUGGGCUCGUUGCUGCUGGCGGCUGGCGAGCCUGGGAAAAGAUAUGCCUUACCUAAUGCCAGUAUCAUGAUGCACCAACCUAGCGGAGGCGCCAGCGGUCAGGCUAGUGACAUUGCGAUCCAUGCCAGAGAGAUUCUGAGGGUACGGGAGAGACUGAAUAAGAUCUAUCAAAAGCACUGCAAUGUCAAAGAUCUUGAAGUCAUUGAACGGGCAGUUGAAAGAGACCACUUUAUGGAUGCUGAGGAGGCCCUCAAGUUCGGAUUAAUUGACAAAAUUCUAGAGAAGCGCCCCAGUUCAGUUGGGCUGGGCGCAAGCAGCUAAUCCUAACAAACAUCAUGCAUUGUUUUAGUUUUUUAUGACAGCUGUCAAAUAUAAACAUGAAUAAUAAAACUUUAUUCUAACC